UUUCCCUGCCCCCUUUCCCCUCACGGUUCCCGCCCUUUCCCUGCCCCCUUUCCCCUCACGGUUCCCGCCCUUUCCCUGCCCCCUUUCCCCUCACGGUUCCAGCCGGUUCGGGGAGAGGAGCAGGGCUGGGGGAGAUGGAAGAGGAGGGAUGAAGGCGGAGAGAGCGCAGCGAUGGAAGGAGGAGAAGAAGAGCGGGAGCGGAGCAUGGAGAGCAGGGAGGACAAAUGCCCGCGGCAGGAGCUGGUGGAAGAGGCCGUUUUGAGCGGCUCCACGGCGCAGGAAGGCAACGGGGAGGAAAAGGCGCGGAGAUGCCGCACGAGGAGGGGCUGCAAACGCAGCCGGCGGGGAUGUGAGGGGGAAAGAGCCGGCCUGGGCCGGGAAGGCGGCCGGAGACGGAGCCAGGGGUCGGAGCUGGUGCUCCGUGAGCAGCUCCGUGAUGGGGAGAAGCCCCACACGUGCGGGGAGUGUGGGAAGAGCUUCAGGUGGAACUCCCAACUGAUCAAGCACCAGAGGACCCACACUGGAGAGAGGCCCUACGUGUGUAGGGAGUGUGGGAAGAGCUUCACAGAGAGCUCCGGCCUGAUCGUGCACCAGAGGAUCCACACUGGGGAAAGGCCUUUCGAGUGUUCCGUGUGUGGGAUGCGCUUCAGCCAGAUCUCCGCCCGGGACAAGCACCAGAGGAGCCACACUGGGGAGAGGCCCUUCGAGUGUGACAAAUGCAGGAAGAGGUUUCGGACCAGCACCCAUCUCCUCCGGCACUAUCAGACUCACACAGAGGAGAGGCCCUUCCAGUGCCCUGACUGUGGGAAGGGAUUCAGGCAGAACUCCCACCUCAUCAGGCACCGGCGCAUCCACACAGGGGAGAGGCCCUACGAGUGUGAUAAAUGCGGGAAGAGGUUUCGGACCAGCUCUUAUGUCCUCGAGCACUAUCGGAUUCACUCAGAGGAGAGGCCCUUCCACUGCCCCGACUGCGGGAAGGGAUUCAAGUACAACUCCACCCUCAUCAAACACCGGCGCAUCCACACUGGGGAGAGGCCCUACGAGUGUCCCCAGUGUGGGAAGAGCUUCUCACACAGCUCUAACUUGACCCAACACCAACGGAGGCACCACUAA